AAUUGUGCACGCGAGCUUUUGCUCAACGCGUUACACACUCCAGAUCGUUGACAUUCGUGCGAUACUGAACCAUUGCGCGGCCUGAGUCGGUGGAAUGAGCAACUGACGCACUCGCGGCGGCAAUGCUUCGGCCGCUGAUUGCGUACGAAGUCUUCCACAUUCGACUUGGAUGCUCAGCCACGCUAUAGCCACCUCAUGCUUCAUCAUCCUGGCGUCUCGCUCGUGAAGUCUGCAGUUCGUUCGACUUCCACCACUUGUACAUAUGGAAUAGUGCUGGACACUCUUACGGCCUCGAAAUACCCGUCCGCGCGGUUUGACAGAUUUCGAAUGAUGCUACGAUAGCCUGGAACGAAGCUGCCCGAACAAGUCUGAUAGCGACUGCCUAGUCGGAUUCGCACAACGCUCUCCAACGUUCAAAGACGUUUCGAGUUCUCGUUGGCACACACCACCAAUAACAUGACUUACGAUAUGGAGACUACCAUAGUAGAGGCUACCUCACUCUCCACAGUUACCGACAUCGCAGCGAACCCGCCACUAAAGCUGGGAUUCAAGCAGGACAUACCGCAUCUACCACUUGUGCUAUACAUUGCACGUGUACCCGGAAGCCGCGAUGUAUUCCUCACGCCGAUGAAGCCACGAGAAAAAGUGGUCACAGCCGAGGACAUUUCGAGCUCUUUGUACUACAUACAUGUCAAUUCGCCAGAGGACUACGAGGAGCCGAGGGGACGUCCAUCAUCAGUCAAUGCAGAUGCGUCCCAAUUGGUCUCAAUACAAGAAGACUGCCUGAAACGCAAACCUGUGCUGCCUCGAAGAUCCCCUCGAAGACCGGCGGCGCCGCCAACUCCUCCUUACCCGCUGGACGAUGGCCCGCCCCAAUUGCAACCGCGAACGCCAAGUCCUCCCAAGCAUGGCCAUGUCGUCCGUAAGCCGGUAGGCAGCAGGGACCAAAGCAACGUUCACGGCACUCUGCUCAGUCCGGGCUUACCAGUCUUACCACGUCGGCCUCUGCCGUCACCACCAUCUGAGGAUUACUCUGAGCAGACUUCCCUGCACACUUACAACAAGCACCUUCUUCGACGAGCAGAACAUAGCGAUGAGAACAAUCCAUAUUCGAUGCAGUUGUCCGAGCCGUCUUCUCCGCCCCUCGAUCCAGCAGACCUCCCUCCAGCAGGAUCGUUAACCCUCAUCCGUCGUGAUCCUGCUUCAGGCGAGCAAUGGAAUGUCGCCUUCAUCCACGAUCCACCACUUCAGGAGAUAUCUUCUGCCGCACUGCGUAAUCCCAGUGCAGCACAAAGAACGAAACGAAGUGGAGCGCCACUAUUCCUGGAUAUCUCAAAUCCCGCCUACUCACAAUUCCUGAAAGAUGAACGACCGACUUCCCCGCUGAGUCAAGACACCACAAGUUCAGGAAACAGUGGCGCUCCCGAAGGCGUCUUCCGCCGAAGACUUUACAUGCCGGGCUCGAAGUAUAGUGCACACGAGUACACCCAGCAUAGCAGAUUCGGCUCCGUCACAAGUCUCGAUCAAGACGCCUCUUCGCGACGAACCGCAAACCGGUCUUCAGUGGACGUCUCCUCGAUCUCCUCCUACGCUGACCGACGGAAUAAAGGCUACACAUUCACAAGUCCCUGGGACGCACGCUGUGAAUUCACGACAGGUGUCUCCGGCAAGAGCCUGAAAUGCAAACAUCACCUCCCAUCAACGUACGGCUCUACUGUUCCCGUCGAGAUAUCCGAACUACGAUUCAACCUCCCUACCGCAUCAUCCAAAAUCGCCAAUGCGCCUCUCAGCAGUAAUGGUGAUAAACGAAGCUCAUAUAUGAGCGGCCUUCAUCGAAGAUUACAUUCUUCGAGCGAGAACGGGAACGUGGAUUUCGUGUUUGACGAUGAGGGUAAAUUGGAUCUCUCGUUAGGUCAAGAGAAAGCUGGUGGUGGGUUUGGUGGGAAGCAAGCCAAGUUGGGGAAAUUGAUCAUUCAACCUGAGGGGUAUGGGAUGUUGGAUUUGCUUGUUGCGGCGAAUGUUGGGUUGUGGUGGAGGGCUUGGGGGAGAUGAAGAGGAGUUGUGUAAAGAUGGGAGACACCUUAUGAUUAUGUUGUAUGUUAUUAGCGGAAAUAGAUUGUAUCAUGAUGUGCAGACUUUGCUC